AUGAUACUUUUUCAAUCACCCGUGAAACCAUUUCAAAGAAAACCUGCACCUAAAAUAGCAAGUGAAGCAGAUUAUGGUUAUGGGAAGAGUUUAGAGAUUAUCUUCACUGUCUCUACUUAUCUGCUUUCAACUCUAGGGAAAAGCAGUGGCAGGAGAGCAAGUGUGAGGAGGUUUAGCAAUGCUGCUGCUCUGGAAGAUCUGGUUGUUCCACCGGUUCAAAUAUCUUACACUCAACAUUUAAUUGAUGGGAAAUUUGUAGAUGCUGCAUCCGGGAAAACAUUCCCUACCUAUGACCCUCGUACUGGAGAAGUGAUUGCACAUGUUGCUGAAGGUGACGCCGAAGAUAUUAACCGAGCAGUUGCCGCUGCUCGAAAGGCAUUUGAUGAGGGACCGUGGCCGAAAAUGACUCCUUACGUAAGGAUUUUGAUUCAGGAUUGGGUUUACGAUAUGAAAAGAUUUCACAUCUGUUAA